AUGUCCACUCCCCCCGUCACGGACGAUCCGUAUGCAUACGAGGAAGACGACAACAGCAUCACGCCAGAGGAUUGCUGGACGGUGAUCUCGUCGUUUUUCCAGGAAAAGGGCUUGGUGUCGCAACAGUUGGACUCUUUCGAUGAGUUCAUCGAGUCGACCAUCCAGGAGCUUGUUUGGGAAGACUCGCAUUUGAUUUUGGACCAGCCGGCCCAGCAUACGUCGGAAGACCAGUAUGAGAACAAGCGGUACGAGAUCACGUUUGGCAAGAUUUAUAUCUCCAAGCCUACGCAGACUGAAGGUGAUGGUACCACGCAUCCUAUGUUCCCACAAGAAGCUCGUUUGCGUAACCUUACGUACUCUUCUCCUUUGUAUGUGGAUAUGACGAAGAAGAAGUUUAAGUCGGAUGACAGAGUGCGUAAGGGCACUGAGCUCGACUGGAUCGAAGAGAAGGUGGAGAACGAAGAUGCCCAGACCAAGGUUUUCUUGGGUAAGGUGCCUAUCAUGUUGCGGUCGAAGUUUUGUAUGUUGCGUGAUUUGGGCGAGCACGAGUUUUAUGAGUUGAAGGAGUGUCCUUACGAUAUGGGUGGUUACUUUGUCAUCAACGGUUCCGAGAAGGUGUUGAUUGCUCAGGAGAGAUCUGCCGCCAAUAUCGUUCAGGUUUUUAAGAAGGCUGCUCCUUCGCCUAUUUCUCACGUUGCCGAGAUUAGAUCUGCCCUUGAAAAGGGUUCUCGUUUGAUCUCUUCCAUGCAAAUAAAGCUUUAUGGUAGAGAUGACAAGGGAACCUCUGGCAGAACCAUCAAGGCCACUUUGCCAUACAUUAAGGAAGAUAUCCCUAUUGUCAUUGUGUUUAGAGCGCUUGGUGUGGUUCCUGAUGGUGAUAUUUUGGAACACAUCUGUUACGAUGCCAAUGACUGGCAAAUGUUGGAGAUGUUGAAGCCAUGUGUGGAGGAAGGUUUCGUCAUCCAGGAGCGUGAAGUUGCUCUUGAUUUCAUCGGUAGAAGAGGUGUCUUGGGUAUCCGUAGAGAAAAGCGUAUUCAGUACGCUAAGGAUAUCCUUCAAAAAGAGCUUUUGCCUAACAUCACCCAGGAGGCUGGUUUCGAGUCCAAAAAGGCUUUCUUCUUGGGUUACAUGGUAAACAGAUUGUUGUUGUGUGCCUUGGAGAGAAAGGAGCCCGAUGACAGAGAUCACUUUGGUAAGAAGAGAUUGGACUUGGCCGGUCCUUUGUUGGCCAGUUUGUUCCGUCUUCUCUUUAAGAAGUUGACUAGAGAUAUCUACAACUACAUGCAGAGAUGUGUUGAAAACGAUAAGGAGUUCAACCUUACUCUUGCUGUUAAGUCACAGACAAUCACAGAUGGUUUGCGUUACUCUUUGGCUACUGGUAACUGGGGUGAACAGAAGAAGGCCAUGAGCGCCCGUGCCGGUGUGUCCCAAGUGUUGAACCGUUACACAUACUCCUCCACAUUAUCUCACUUGAGAAGAACCAACACUCCAAUUGGUCGUGAUGGUAAGAUCGCGAAGCCAAGACAAUUGCAUAAUACACACUGGGGUCUCGUGUGUCCCGCCGAAACUCCUGAAGGUCAAGCGUGUGGUUUGGUCAAGAACUUGUCUUUGAUGACAUGUAUCUCUGUCGGAACUGCCUCUGAGCCUAUCCUUUAUUUCUUGGAAGAAUGGGGUAUGGAGCCAUUGGAGGACUAUGUCCCAUCCAACUCCCCUGAUUGUACCAGAGUGUUCGUUAACGGUGUCUGGGUCGGUACGCAUAGAGAACCAGCACAGUUGGUUGACACCAUGAGAAGAUUGAGAAGACGUGGUGAUAUCUCACCAGAAGUCUCGAUUAUCAGAGAUAUCAGAGAAAAAGAAUUCAAGAUCUUUACUGACGCUGGUCGUGUCUACCGUCCAUUGUUCAUCGUUGAUGACGAUCCAGAGUCCGAAACCAAGGGUGAGCUUAUGUUGCAAAAAGAACAUGUGCACAAAUUAAUGAACUCGGAAUACGAUGAGUUUGAAGAUGAUCCUCUGGCAAACCACUACACCUGGUCUUCUUUGGUGAAUGACGGUGUUGUUGAAUACGUGGAUGCCGAGGAAGAAGAAACCAUCAUGAUUGCCAUGACCCCAGACGAUUUAGCAGCUUCCAAGAGUUCCUUGUCGGAGACACAGCACAAGAGUUUACAAAUGGAGGAGCAAGAUCUUGAUCCAGCCAAGAGAAUCAAGCCCACCUAUGUUUCUUCAACGCAUACCUUCACCCAUUGUGAGAUUCAUCCUUCGAUGAUUCUUGGUGUUGCUGCUUCCAUUAUUCCAUUCCCAGAUCAUAACCAGUCUCCACGUAACACUUAUCAGUCUGCUAUGGGUAAGCAAGCUAUGGGUGUUUUCUUGACAAACUAUGCUGUCAGAAUGGAUACAAUGGCCAAUAUCUUGUACUAUCCUCAAAAGCCACUUGCCACUACUCGUUCCAUGGAGUUCUUGAAGUUCCGUGAGUUGCCUGCUGGUCAAAAUGCUAUCGUUGCUAUUGCAUGUUACUCUGGUUAUAACCAGGAAGAUUCGAUGAUUAUGAACCAGUCGUCGAUUGACAGAGGUCUUUUCAGAUCUUUGUUCUUCAGAUCUUACAUGGAUUUGGAGAAGAGACAGGGAAUGAAGGCUUUGGAGACUUUUGAGAAGCCAUCCAGAUCCGAUACCUUGAGAUUGAAGCACGGUACUUACGAAAAAUUGGAUGACGAUGGAUUGAUCGCUCCUGGUGUUAGAGUCAGUGGUGAAGAUAUCAUCAUUGGUAAGACCACUCCAAUUCCUCCAGAUACUGAGGAGUUGGGUCAAAGAACACAAUACCAUACCAAGAGAGAUGCAUCUACACCAUUGAGAAGUACCGAGUCUGGUAUCGUUGACCAGGUCAUGUUGACAACUAACGGUGACGGUGCCAAGUUCGUCAAGGUCAGAAUGAGAACGACCAAGGUUCCUCAGAUUGGUGACAAGUUCGCCUCCAGACACGGUCAGAAGGGUACUAUUGGUGUCACUUACAGACACGAAGACAUGCCUUUCAGUGCUCAAGGUAUUGUUCCAGAUUUAAUCAUCAACCCCCAUGCUAUCCCAUCCCGAAUGACAGUUGCGCACUUGAUUGAGUGUUUGUUGUCGAAGGUUUCGUCCUUGUCUGGUUUGGAAGGUGAUGCUUCUCCUUUCACCGAUGUCACUGCCGAAGCUGUCUCCAAGUUGUUGAGAGAGCACGGAUACCAGUCCAGAGGUUUCGAGGUCAUGUACAAUGGUCACACAGGUAAGAAAUUGAUGGCACAGGUCUUCUUUGGUCCUACUUACUACCAGAGAUUGAGACAUAUGGUGGAUGACAAGAUUCACGCAAGAGCCAGAGGUCCCGUCCAGGUGUUGACCAGACAGCCUGUCGAAGGUAGAUCCAGAGAUGGUGGUUUGCGUUUCGGAGAGAUGGAGAGAGAUUGUAUGAUUGCUCACGGUGCUGCCGGAUUUUUGAAGGAGAGAUUGAUGGAGGCCUCGGAUGCUUUCAGAGUUCACGUUUGUGGUAUCUGUGGUUUGAUGUCUGUCAUUGCCAACUUGAAGAAGAACCAGUUCGAGUGCCGCUCUUGUAAGAACAAGACCAACAUCUACCAGAUCCACAUCCCAUACGCCGCCAAGUUGUUGUUCCAGGAGUUGAUGGCCAUGAACAUCUCGCCAAGAUUAUACACCGAGGGAUCAGGCAUCAGCGUGAGAGUAUAG